AUGGCACGGCGUAUGCGGCUGCUUGACCCUCGCCAGAGGGUCGGAGGCGUACCUCACGAGGUCCUUGCAGGGCAGCUGGAGGGGAAGAGACGAGUGGCUGAAGCCGAACAGGCAGAAGACGCGUUCUACGCUCAGAGCGCAGUGCUGCAGGAUGAGAUCCUACAAACUGUGGAGGGCAUGAAGGCGCUGCGUGCCCGCGACAGACAAAUGGCCGUUGUAGACUACUCCCUGGCCAACUUGCGCAAGGAGCAGCGGCGAGAAUACGCUUUAAGUGAUCCGGACGCUCUGAAGAAGGAGAUGCUGCCAGAUCCGGACGAUCCCUCCUUCGGGCCGAGUUCCAUGCUCAAGUUUCCAAGCCAUGGAAAAGCAUCUGCGGAGGCGAAGCGUCAGAGUCAAGAAGAGCACGUAGCAUGGCUCCAGCAUCAGGUGCAAGAGAAGCUAGAUCGCCAAGCACACGAGAACGCCAUUGACAAGAUGCACGACGAGCGAGCCAUGCUGGCAUCACAAGUUCGUGCGGUUUGCGAGGACAAUGAGCUGCAGGAACAGCGGGAUGCAAAAUGCGAGGAAGCAGAAGAGAACCUUCGACUGGCCCAAAUCGCUCGGGAGUUGAAGGAGGCCAAGAAGUUGGAAGACGAUGCUUUGAAGCAAAAGCAUAUCGACACCGUGACAAACUCCGACUGGAUCGGGGAGACAUACGAUGCAAAGAUUGGCUUGACUGGCAAGCCCAUGAAGGCUGAGUACAAGCGACUGACGCUCGAGGAGGAGCAGGAGAUCUACAACUCCAAUGCUCGACAACUCAUGGACAAGCGAGCAAGGAAAAAGCAGGAAAUCCUCGAGAAGGCAGAAGACGCCCAGAAGAUUCACUGCAAUGUUGCAGUCCUGGGAGCACUCGAGGAAGAGCGGUUCCGACAGCAGCAGGAACGGAGGAUGCGCCUAGUUGAAGAGAACAAGAAGAUGGCCUUGGCCAAGAAGGAGGCCGACCGAGGAGAGCGGAUCGAGUACUUCAAGUACGACCCGUGA